AUGAACACCACAGCCCCGACUUCGGCAGAUGCCUGCCUAAGUAUAGUUCACUCACUGAUGUGCCACAGGCAGGGUGGGGAAAGCGAGGGCUUCUCUAAGAGAGCUAUUGAAUCCCUAGUCAAAAAGUUAAAAGAAAAACGAGAUGAAUUGGACUCCUUGAUCACAGCAAUCACAACAAAUGGUGCACAUCCUAGCAAAUGUGUUACUAUUCAGCGUACACUGGAUGGCCGCUUACAGGUGGCAGGCAGAAAAGGAUUCCCACAUGUAAUAUAUGCAAGAAUUUGGCGUUGGCCAGACCUACACAAAAAUGAACUGAAGCAUGUCAAGUUUUGUCAGUUUGCUUUUGAUCUUAAAUGUGACUCAGUUUGUGUAAAUCCUUAUCAUUAUGAAAGAGUUGUGUCACCAGGCAUUGAUCUCUCAGGACUGACAUUGCAGUCAGGUCCAAGUAGAUUAGUAAAAGACGAGUAUACCGCAGGUCUUAGCGGGAAUGGCAUGGAUAUGGACACAGGGGAACUUGUCACCAUACAACACCAUGCAACAAGUCCUAGACACCAUCAUUCCACCAUACCACACCAUCAUCAACAGUUCCAAACAACUAAUAUUAUUAUUAAUCAAGGCCAGACGCCAGAAGGCGUUGCGAAUAUGUUCUCUGCUACACAUGGACCGAGACCGUCUUUGCGACCUGGAGCUCCCAUGCCUCAAAUGGGCCAUUCGCCUGGUCAAAUGAUCUCAAACCAUUCAAACCAAAUGCCAGGAACUCCACAAAUGGGACCUGGUACUCCUCAGAUUGGUCCAGGGACCCCUCAAAUGGGUCCAGGGACACCCCAAAUGGGCCCGGGAACACCACAAAUGGGGCCAAGGACUCCUCAAAUGGGAACAAAUGUGCCCCAAAUGACUUCACCUAGAAUGGCAUCAGCCCCUACUCAGAUGAACCCUGGAACUCCUCAAAUGCAGAAUAUGAAUCAAGGAAUGUCAAUACCUAGUCCUCAACAGAUGGUUUUGACCCAACAAAGAGCUAUAGCGCCAAAACUCGAGCCACCUGACACAAUGGACGCCCGCGCAAUGUGGCUGCCAAAGAGAAUGAAUCAUUCUGCUAUGCCCGUGAGUAUGUCUCCAGGUGGCACGACCCCGAUACUUGACGGCACCAAUAAUACCUUUUUCACGACUGAACAAACUGCUACAGACACGCAACUAACGCAAACUUUACCAGUGGGAACACCAGCAGUGUCGCAAGUGUCAGCAGCACCAGUGACAUCAGUGUCGGCGAUGUCGACGGAGACUCAGAACGGUUUCGUAGCGACCAGCCCCGCGCCCCAACAGAGCCCCGUGCCCCAUCGUACGCAACAUCAACAAGGAACAUGGACGGGCAACAACACACUGACGUACACCCAGAGCUUGGCGCCGCCGCCCGCCGCGCCGCCCGUGCCCGUCGAUGCGCCUGCGCAUCACCACCACUACUAUAAUGGCAACCCUGGAGGUCUUUUGUCAAGUCAGCCCGCCCCUGAGUACUGGUGUUCUGUGGCUUACUUUGAACUAGACACGCAAGUGGGAGAAACAUUUAAAGUGCCGUCUAGCAGACCGAAUGUUACUGUGGAUGGCUAUGUGGACCCAUCGGGAGGAAACAGGUUUUGUUUGGGAGCUCUCAGUAAUGUGCAUAGAACAGAGCAGAGUGAACGCGCUAGGCUGCACAUCGGCAAGGGCGUGCAGCUGGACCUGCGCGGCGAGGGCGACGUGUGGCUGCGCUGCCUGUCCGACCACUCCGUGUUCGUGCAGUCCUACUACCUGGACCGCGAGGCGGGCCGCGCGCCCGGCGACGCCGUGCACAAGAUAUACCCCUCCGCUUGCAUCAAGGUGUUCGACUUGCGCCAGUGUCACAGACAGAUGCAGACGCAGGCGGCGACGGCGCAGGCGGCGGCGGCGGCGCAGGCGGCGGCCGUCGCCGGGCACAUACAGCCCGCGCACCCCGGCAUGAACAAAUGCUUAUCAGCAGCGGCCGGCAUCGGCGUGGACGACCUGCGGCGGCUGUGCAUCGUGCGGCUGUCGUUCGUGAAGGGCUGGGGGCCGGACUACCCGCGCACUUCUAUCAAAGAGACGCCGUGCUGGGUCGAAGUUCAUUUGCAUAGGGCACUCCAACUCCUCGACGAAGUAUUACACACGAUGCCGAUCGACGGUCCGCGGACGAACAUCGAG